AUGCAAAACGGAAGGCGUUGGUAUGGAGAAUAUCCAAUCUCUUUGUUUUCGGUCAUUCCACCAAACAAAAAAUGGCGAAUAUCGAAUGAAGCAGUAUCCCUAAUCCACUCUGUAGUAAGUGGACUAUGGGCCGCAUAUGCCUUACUAUUUUACCAACGUUUAUUCGACGAUCUCAUUAAUUAUCGUUGUCAGGUCGCAGUUGAAUUGAUAUAUGUUUCAUUCGGUUACCUCUUACAUGAUUUCUUUGAUCUCGUAGUGAACGAACAGUCCGCUCGAAUAAUCGAGUUACUUUUUCAUCAUGUCGUCGUAAUCACGGGAUUUGUCGUUACACUGGUAAGUGUUUUGUAGGU